CCCUAUCUUUCCCAAUCUUGCAGCACAGUGCUUGGUAGCGUUUUCCAGGAGGGCGAUCGGUCUGAGACAGCAGCCACUUCUAAACAGGCGGCUAUUGUAUUUCUGUCAUAUUGGACGGAUUGUGUUGGUUUCGUUUCUGAAGCGGCUAAAGUGGCGUAUUUUUCUUGCGCUACAGUAUUUCAAGUGAGGGCCUGUCACUGAGAAGUGGGUGUCUGCUCACUGGCGUUGAGACAGCGGCGAGUGCAGCAGUGUGUGUCCCCGAUGGCUGGGUGGAAGGACGGCUCGGUGCAGGAGAAGUAUCGGCUGGUUGUGGUUGGAGGUGGUGGUGUCGGGAAAUCUGCACUUACUAUCCAAUUCAUUCAGUCGUACUUCGUCACAGAUUAUGACCCCACGAUUGAAGACUCGUACACCAAACAGUGCGUGAUUGACGAGAGGCCGGCUCGACUGGACAUCCUGGACACUGCCGGACAGGAGGAGUUUGGGGCCAUGAGGGAGCAGUACAUGAGGACAGGGGAAGGCUUCCUGCUCGUCUUCUCUGUCACAGACAGGGGGAGCUUUGAGGAAAUCUACAAGUUCCAGAGACAGAUCCUCAGAGUGAAGGAUCGGGAUGAAUUUCCCAUGAUCCUCGUGGGUAACAAGGCCGACUUGGAGCUUCAGAGGCAGGUGACCCAGGAGGAAGGUCAGCAGCUCGCCCGGCAGCUGAAGGUGACGUACAUGGAGGCCUCAGCUAAGAUCCGCAUGAAUGUAGACCAAGCGUUCCACGAGCUGGUCCGAGUAAUAAGGAAGUUCCAGGAACAGGAGUGCCCGCCUUCGCCGGAGCCCACGCGCAAGGAGAAGGACAAGAGCGGCUGCCAUUGUGUCAUCGUCUGAGUGGCACACCGGGCCGCCAGUCAUCCAGCUGCUGUCACCAGUCCCCCCACCCCCCCUGCCUUCUGACAUCACAUCCUGUUGUGGAUGACCGCUGCCUUUCGACAUGUGCAUGAGCUAAGACAGCAGUCCCUGUGCUAGCCUUAUCAGGGCCGGGAGCUGCCUCACCGCGCUCCUCCCCCUGGGACUUCACUACUAGAAGAACCAAACUGACAGUAAAACAACAAAACUUAACAAAAACAAACAAAAAAAACAGACAAACACAAACAACAACAAAUGUUAUUGAACUCACCGCUCACCUUCAUCUAGUGUUAUAUAUAUAAAAAAAACAUGAUGACGAAAAAAGAGAAGAAACCAUACAGCUUUCAGUGUGAAUAUGUCCCAACACUAAAAGAUCGCUUCUUAAAUUUGCUUUGAUUCUUUGAUUUUUAUGUUGUAUCUCAAAGGACUUAUCUUGCCUUGUAGUCACAUUUGUAUUUUUACCGAGAUGGAAUCACAGAAAAUAUCAAUAUAUGUAUAUUAUAUCAUUAGAAUGUUAAUGAUAAACAACUGACGCAUUUGCAGGCGGUGUAGAAUGAGGUGAUCUUGUGCCGCUUUGUGUGUGCGUUUGUGUGAGUGUGUGUGUGUGUGUGUGUGUGUGUGUGUGUGUGUGUGUGUGUGUGUGUGUGUGUGUGUGUGACGUGCCAUUAUGCCUUUUAAUUUCUACUCCAUGUGCUGAACAGCUACUGUACGUAAAUGAAAUCAGUGUGAGUUGAGAACACAUUUUUAAAAACCUGAUGAUUAAAUCUUCUCAGUGCUGAGUGCAAGGUUGAUGAGCUUUGGUCCUGACCCAUGUUAUAAUGUAGACAUAUAUACGUGUGUGUGUGUGUGUGUGUGUGUGUGUGUAUGUAGACAGCCAACAUGAACACUGAGAUCUCGUGUAUCGGCCAUUUUUUCUUACAUCUGUGCUUCAAAUGUGUCCGAGGCCAACACCCAGUAAAAGUGGUCUCUGUUACCUGAAUGGCUCGUAGACUAGCCUUUGCUUGUUUGCUUUUCUCAUUGCUAAUUAGGUUCUCAGACCCAUGUGUUGGUAGAUAGGUCAGCUCUUCUCCCUUCUUGCUCAGCCAUUGCCUUCACAGACUAUCGCACACUCAGGUUGGUGGGUAAAACAUUUCCCCACUCGGAGAAAGAUAGCGUGUAAGAGGCCGGGCCCUUGGGGUUUGAGGUACCUUGCUAAUAUGUGUAGUUUUACAGAACUGGUUUGGGAAAAUGUUCACACACACACACACACACUCUCUCUCUCUCUCUUGCCUUACAAAUGGAAUUGAUUUCCAGAUUGAUAAUAUUCUGUUGACUGUUUCUAUUUCCCCUCCUUCUCUGGUGUGUUUAGUUGAAGUAAUGUAAGGAAACAGUGACAGUGAGAGGGUAGAACUAAGGAAUCAUUUACACUCAUGGUAUUAGGUAUUAGCCACAGCUUAUACAACUUUCAUAACACCUCUGUAAUUGACAUGAAGGGACCUUCGAACCUUCAACAUUCUCUUUGGCACAUCCGUAAUCCAGGAUUAUGUUUUUAUUAGUUGGUAAGAUGCCCAAAAGGAAUUCUUGACCAUGGAUUUGAGUGUGAAGAUUUAAGUAGUGACAGAUGUUUCCUGUAUAACACACACAGACACUCUCUCUCUCUCUCUCUCUCUCUCUCUCUCUCUCUCUCUCUCUCUUACAUACACACACACACACACACACACACACACACACACACAUACAUAUGAAGACUAAAUAAAUGAUCUCAGUUGUGACAUAUCUGGUAUCUGACAGGCUAGUAUGUGUAGCCCCUCAUUUUACAGAACUAUCAUUAAGGGUUAACAUCACUAUAAAGACAUUUCACCAUUAGGUUUGUCUUCCUUUUUCAUGAGUGUAUUUCAGUACAAGGGAAACAAUUAAACUAUUCUGGUUUUUGUUUUAUCAUCAUGUAAUAUAAGAUUAAAAAAAAGAUCGGAGGUGAUUCUUUGAGAGACGUGAUUAAAUGUUUUUACUAUAUACUUUUAUACAUUAUUUUCUUAUCAGACUAGUUACCGAGUAUUUUUAUAUGUUUGUAAGUGAACCUGCUCUCAUGGCACAAGUGUGUGUAUAUGUAAAGAGGAGUAUUUAAUUCUCUUAGUUUGCUUUUAACUGAAAAUAAAAGAUGAAUGGCCAUAGCCUGCAUUGUCCACAUGUGGUCCAGAACUCAUCCCUGUUUUUUGUUGGUGUCCUGGAGUUGGUGACCAGCUGAGUCUCACCUGACCUCCAGCGCCUAUCCCAUAAUGCAACAUUCCCACUAAUCGUCUCCUCCCGACUGUCCCACCUGGAGGGCAGACGCGGGACUUGAUUAGCUCCAUGGGCUGUUGAGCAUGCGAGCCGUGCUGGCCUGCAGUAGAGGUCAGCUGCUGCAGUGGUAGCGCACAGCUCGUCCCCUCUCACUAAACCAGAGCUUGGGUAGCUGCUCCACAUCUGAUCCAUACUGUGUUUUUAUGUUCCCGUGCAGCCCUGGCUCCUUGUAUAGCUUCUGGUGCUAAAAUAAAAAAGAUAUAUGGCUAAAAACAAACUAUACUACAGUUUGACGUUUUGUUUCAUUUUUAGAGGUUGAUUUUAUGUUAAUGCCAGAAAAAAAAGAAAACUGUAUGGUGAUUUUCAAAUGGUAUGGUUUGAAAAUGUGAAAAAAAAUAUAUGUUAGGCAAUCCCACUUCUGUAAGAACACAGCUGUUUUCUCAUUCAUCUGUCAAAUGUGUCAUGUAUGUCCUUGGGCAUGAUGAUGGAUGAAGACCAGAGAUGGUCUUCCUCACUGGGUCAGACUUUUACUUGCUGUAUGUCCACUCUGAACAUUGUCUCUGCUGGUGCUUCUUUGCCAGGAAACAUAAUCAGUGAAUGAUGGGGUCCUUUUUAUCACAUGAAAGACAAUACUCAUAUCACAUGAAAAUAUGUCUUCUUUUUUCCCCAUUUUGACAUAUGUAUGCCUCCGUGCGGGCGUUAGCCAUGGCCAGAGACAUUUUCUUUUCAAAUUAGGUAAAAAAUGUUCACUUGGACUCAAAGAUGAAGUGAUUACAUUUUGGAGGUUAAAGGUCAUAUUUCAAGGUCACUGGGACCACUUCUAUGUCCCUUUCUAUUAAACACAAUAUCUCAA